CACCGUCGCAUUAGCAAAACCAAGGCAAAAUAACCCGGGUCUCUGUCCAAGCCCAAGGACUCUCUCUCUCUCUCCUCACUCUCACUCCGGAGACGCACUAUUUUUUUUUCAAAUAUACAAACCACAGUCGGUAGGGUUCGUUGAUCCAUCACAACAUCUCAGUUUUCUAGAGAGUGAGACCGAGAGACUCCAUGUCUUCGAUUCGAGGUUUCGCCAAGGAUUGCAGGGCCCUAAUGGCCGCAUCAUCCAAGGCCGCCGUGGCACCCAAACCCUCCUCCGCCGCAAAGCCCAAGCGGCCGAAGUCGCCUACCAAGAAGAAGGCUCCGCCAUCGUCGUCGGAGCUUCGGAAACCGCCCCGAGCGACCGGUAUUCUCAAGGUCUCGCCGGUGUCGCCGGCGCUCCGCCAGUUCCUCGGCGCUCCGGAGGCCUCUCGCACCGACGCCGUCAAGAAGAUCUGGGAGUACAUCAAGCUGCGCAAUCUUCAGAACCCCGCUGAUAAGAGGGAAAUUUAUUGUGAUGACAAGCUGAAGACCAUAUUUGAAGGGAAGGACAAAGUGGGUUUUCUGGAGAUUGGAAAGUUGCUAUCCGGCCACUUUGUGAAGGCUAACUGACUGCUGAAGUGCUGAUGAAGUGGUUAACGUUAACUUUUGGUACUUGAACAUCUUGUAAAAAGACUGACUUCUCUUCGUGAUGUUUGAUUAUCGGUCUAAGGUUGAUUACAAUGGCAAGAUGUUUUAAUUUGUUCAUUUGUGAAUUUGUUAGGAAGUGUUGGUUUGUAAGAAAAUAGUUCAAGUUGUGUGGUUCCUAUUCUCAUUAAAGCAGUGGACAUCCAUUUCAA